AUGGCUGAAAUCGUUGUUAGCGCCGUCAUCACUGUGCUGUGCGAGAAGCUAAUCUCUGGUGACUUGAUGAAGCUGGCUCGAUCCGAAGACGAUGUACUCGAUGAUUUGGCCACCGAAGCUCUGCGACGCAAGUUGAAUCAAGAAGCUCAAGCCAGCUCCAGUAGUAGUAAGGUAUUGAAGCUCGUCCCAAAUUGCUGUACUAAUUUCACUCCUCGCAACUUCAUGUAUGGUCGGAAGAUGAGUUCAAAGCUAGAUGUGAUCACUGCCAAAUUGCGUGAUCUUGUUGACCAGAAAAAUGAUUUGGGUUUGAAUGUAAAUGUUGAAAGGUCAAAUAUAAGAGAGAGACAGUUGGAGCAAACUUCACUGGUAGAUGAGUCCAAAAUCAUGGGUCGGGAAGGGGAUAAAGAGGCCUUGAUGGGGAAAUUGUUGGGAAAUGAAGGAUGUGACCAGAAUGUGAGCAUAGUGUCGAUAGUUGGAAUGGGUGGGAUAGGCAAAACCACUCUUGCGAAACUCUUAUACAACGAGGAGAAAGUGAAGGAUCACUUUGAACUCAUGGCAUGGGUUUGUGUUUCUGAAGAGUUUGAUGUAUUUAACAUUAGCAAGGCAAUCUUCCAAGCAGUAACCGGUAAAAACGAAGACUUUGCUAAUCUCAAUCUGCUUCAUGUGGCCCUCAAAGAAAAACUUUCAAAGAAGAGGUUCCUACUUGUUCUAGAUGAUGUCUGGAAUGAAGACCACGUUAAGUGGGAACUCCUCCAAGGCCCUCUUCUUGUAGGGGCACCUGGAAGUAAGGUUAUUGUUACAACAAGGAGUAACAAGGUCACAUCAGUGAUGUACUCAGAAGAAGCUUACCCUCUGGGGGUUUUGUCAAAUGAAGAUGCACUGUCAUUAUUUGCACAACAUGCGGUAGGUGAAAAAAACUUUGACAAACAUCCAACACUUAAGUUGCUUGGUGAAGAGGAUGGAAGUGAUAUUCUUCCGGCUCUAAGAUUAAGCUACUAUCACCUCCCUCCACAUCUGAAGCAGUUGUUUGCAUACUGCUCCUUAAUUCCCAAAGACUAUGUGUUUGACAAGAAUAAGUUAGUCCUAUUGUGGAUGGCAGAAGGAUUUUUGUCCCAAUCAAAAGGAAACAAGUCAAAGGAGCGUUUAGGUCAUGAGUAUUUUGAAGAGCUAAAGUCAAGGUCCUUUUUUCAACAAUCAACGGACGAUAAAUUAGGAUACACAAUGCAUGACCUGAUAAAUGAUUUGGCCACAAGUGUUGCAGGAGAGUUUUCCUUUAGAUUGGAUGGUGAGGUUGAUGUAUCUGCCAUGAAUGAAACUUUUGAUAAGUUUCUUCACUUCUCACUUAUAGGUUCAGGAUCUGGAUCAUUUAGAAAGCUCAAGGAAUUACAAAGAGCUAAACGUUUGCGAACUUUCUUACUAAUCUCAGUACCUUGGACAAUUGGUAGCUUAUUGGACAAGAUUGUUGACGAAUUACUUCCUGAACUACAGUUCCUGAGGGUGCUAAGUGUCGUGGGCUUGACUCCGAGUGAUGAUUACCUAUGGCAAGGUAUUCUUUCAAUCAGAAAGAUCCCACAAUCCAUUGGUAGUCUCAAGCAUCUACGGUACCUUAAUUUUUCUUUUACUGAAAUCACAAGUUUACCAGAACAAGUGGGUGACCUUUAUAAUCUACAGAGUUUAUUGGUUGAGAGUUGUUACAAGUUAUCUAGCUUGCCAAAAAGUUUUGCAAAGUUGAUAAACCUUCGACAUUUUGGAAUAGAUAAGACGCCAAAGGUGAUCAAGUUGCCCUUGGGAAUUGGUGGCUUGACGAGUCUACAAACUCUAUCCAAGGUCAUGAUUGAAGAAGCCAACGGGUUCAAAAUAUCAGAUCUUAAGGAACUAUCGGAUCUUCAAGGUAGGCUUUCCAUUAUUGGUCUGGACAAAGUGAUAAAUCCAAUCCAUGCAAAGGAUGCCAAUUUACAUCAAAAGAAGGGUCUUGAAGUUUUGGAGAUGGAAUGGAGUGAUAAUUUGUUUGAUGAUUCUCGGGAUGAGAGAAUUGAAUAUGAAGUACUAGAAGAACUAAGGCCUCCUCCUAAGUUAAAAAACCUCAAGAUUUUGUAUAACAAGGGAACGAGAUUUCCUAGUUGGGUCAGGGAUCCCUCGUUUGAUCAGUUAACAAAGCUUACGUUACGUGGUUGUAGAAGUACACAUCUACCAACACUUGGAUGUUUAGGGUCUCUUAAGAAAUUGGUUGUUGGAAGCAUGAGUGAGGUGAAGAGUGUGGGUUUUGAGUUUCUUGCACCUGUAAGUUCUUUUAUUGGCAUUGGAUUUCCAUCGCUUGAAGUUCUGAAAUUUAAAGAUAUGCAAGGUUGGCAGAGAUGGUCAAUUAAUAAUGGCGACGGACAUGGAACUCCUAGAUUAUUUCCUCGUCUUCAUAAGAUCUCUAUAAGCAGUUGUCCAGAACUAGCUGAGGUGUCAAUCGGAUUGAUACCUUCACUUCGGGUUUUAGAUAUAGAAGAAUGUUCCGAAGCAGUGUUAAGAAGCAUGGUUGGUUUGUCCUCAUCACUUGUUGAAUUAAAAAUGUUAAAUGUCAAAGGACUUACUCAACUACAUGGAGAAGAUGUAAUGCAUCUUAGGGCACUUGAACAUCUUUAUAUUAAAAAUUGUGAUGAACUGGGGGAACAAGAAUCAGAGGCAUGCAAGAGUCUUGUGAGUUUACAGAAGUUGGAAUUAUAUGAUUGUAGUGAGUUGGUUUCAUCAGCAGAGAAAGAGGCUAAUAUUGGGAUCAGCAUGGAAUCACUUAAAUCUGUGGAAUUUAGUAACUGUAAGACAUUGGAGAGUUACAAUUGUCCAAAUACUGUUGAGAGGUUGCUGAUCAGGGUUUGUGAUUCAAUGAUAUCGUUGACCUUCUCAGCAUUGCAGGAGCAGCCAUCCGGAAUGACUGAAUCGAUAGUCAGUGAUUGUGAUAACAUACAGUUACAGCCCAAACCCAUUCCCAUUCCCAUUCCAGUCAAAGAUUUCCGUUUUCUCUGUGUGUCUCGCCUAAGAUAUCUUGAAAUCCAAGACUGCAAGAAUCUAAAGUCAUUUCCUCAUGAGCAUUUUCGAAGUCUCACAUCUUUGGAAAAAAUGUGGAUAUAUGAGUGUCCAAGUAUGGACUACUCCUUCCCUUGUGGGGUGUGGCCUCCUAAUUUAAGGAUGCUAAUGAUAGGAUCCUUAAAUAAGCCCAUGUCAGAGUGGGGCCCACAGAAUUUCCCAACCUCACUAAGUGAACUAGGGUUAUAUGGCUACGAUUCAGGAGUGGUUUCAUUUGCAGUGGCGGACGAUGUGGGGAAUACUACUACUCCUACUCCAUCAUCAUCAUCAUCUUUUCUUCUUCCACCAUCUCUGGUUUCUCUACAGCUCACGGAUUUUAAAGAUGUGGAAUCAUUUUCAGAGAAUAACAGUGUGGGAGUAGAAAAGGUGAAACAUGGAGCAGGGCUAUCUGUGCCAUGCUAGAGAGGCAAUUAUAUGCUGAAUAUGCAUGAGGAGAUUAUUACACGGUUGCAGAAGUGCUUGGAUGCAUAGGCGCUUCCAUCAAAGACUGGGGUGUGAGUUUAAGUGUGGUUAGGCUGGUGGGGUCCCACUACUAGUAGCAUUGGUUCUGGGUCUCGGAUACAAAAACUUGACUACCAAGGGUGUUGGGGUUUUCAAAAUUGGUUGUAAAUUUGAAAGAUUUUGUUGCAAA